UCUCACCAAAUGACACCAUCCAAACAGUGUGAUAGCUAGGAAUUAAGCUGACAAUAAUAAUAAUAUACAUUUCGCGCAAUCCCCAAAUCAUCUGAACAUUCUUCUUCCAACAAGAAAAAUGGCGGAGAAAUUGGCACCCGAAAAACGCCACGGCUUCUUCCAUGGCGGUCAGAAGGUUUUCGAAUGGGAUCAAACCCUAGAGGAAGUGAACAUGUACGUUACGCUCCCUCCCAAUGUCCCCAAGAAGCUCUUCUACUCCAAGAUCCAGUCCAAACAUGUCGAAGUUGGCAUCAAAGGCAACCCUCCUUAUCUCAAUCAUGAUCUCAGCUGCCCUGUCAAGACUGACUCUUCAUUUUGGACUAUAGAGGAUGAUACUCUACACAUAACUCUACAGAAGAGGGACAAAGGACAGACGUGGCCGUCUCCUAUACUGGGUGAGGGACAACUCGAUCCUUAUUCAGUGGAUGUUGAACAGAAGCGCCUUAUGCUUCAGAGAUUUCAAGAGGAGACUUUUCCAGUGGAGUUGAGAUGUGUCAUGGAAUGCUAAGAACCCAGGAUUUGACUUCUCACAGGCUCAGUUUACAGGAAACUGCCCUGAUCCAAGGACAUUCAUGGGUGGUAUCAGAUCUGAUUGACAAACUUGUAUACUGAAUCUGAAAUGAACAAUGACAUUAACUCCUUGUCUUAACAAUUUAAUAAGUAGAAUGUUAAAUUAAACCUGCUUUUAAAUGCUUAGCUUAUCCCUCUAUCUAUGAAUGCGACUUUUGUAAUAUAUAUAUAUAUAUAUAUUUUAUGUACAUACAUUGCGCAGUGCUUAUAGCCA